UGUUACAUAGAAAUUUAAAAGUGAGAUGCCAUAGCUUGUUCUACGUAGAAUUAAUAUUAUAAACCAUUAUAAUAAAAUAAAAAGUCAAGAAGGAAAAAUUAAUAUGUUGUUUAAUGUAGAAAAAAACAAUAGCAAUAUAAAUUACUUAUUGGCAGCUAAUUUGAGUACAGUUUUAUAUAAAAUACAUUUUAAAAUAAAAAUAUAUAAAAUAUAUAUAUUAAAUAAAUGUGUAAAAGUAAGAUGCCAAAACCUGUUAUAUGUAGAAUUAAUUUUAUAAGUUAUUAAAAUAAGAUGAAAAGUCAAGAAGGAGAAAUUGAUAUGUUUUUUAAUGUAGAAAAAACAGUAGCAAUAUUAAUCAUUUAACUUGUAUGUCUUUAUGCAAUUGUUCGUAAAAUUGAUAUUGUUGCAAAUAUCUUAUGAAAUUAGAGAUGAAACAGGAACAAUAACAGCAGUGCGUUGGCUUGAAACUGAAGACCGAGAUGAUAAUAUUCAAGUUAAUAAAUAUGCCAAAACAAUUGUAAAAUUGAUAUUGUUGCAACAAAAAUAUCUCAUGAUAUUGGAGAUGAAACAGGAACAAUAGCAGCAAUGCGUUGGUUGAAAACUGAAGAUCGAGAUGAUAAUAUUCAAAUUAAUAAAUAUGCUAGAAUAAUUGGAACUGUACGUAAACAAGUUGAACUUGGUCGUUAUUUCUUUAUAUUAAAUAUGGAACCAGUAAAAAAACUUUUUCUUGUUUAUUCACACUUAAUAGAAAUAACAGAUAUGGCUCUUUAUGAAGAACAAGGUGCAGAAAAUGGUAUAGAUAAUGGAAAUUGUCAUGAUGAUAACGAUGUUAGUGAUGGUGUUAUUCAAAGACAUGGUAAAGAUCCUUCAAUUGUUUCACAGAUUAUUCGUAAUUGUUCUGAUGAAGAAAAUGGUUUUGAAAGAAAAGAUGUUGCAUCAAAAUUACCAAGUCAUAUUACUACUGCACAAAGUGAUGAAAUACUUCCACUAAUAUUAAUUAUUUAUUGUCGGCUAAUUUGAGUACAGUUUUAUAUAAAAUACAUAUAAAGAUAAAAAUAUAAAAAAUAUAUAUGUCACGUAGAAAUUUAAAAGUAAGAUGUCAAAACUUGUUCUACGUAGAACUUAUAUUAUAAAUUGUUAAAAUAAGGUAAAAAAUCAA